UCGCGGUUUCCUUAUGUUUUCAGAGCCUCUUGUCAUGUGAGUCGUGUAACUGCAUAAACAUUUCAGGAAAAGGAUUUUUUCCGUCAAUAAAUUGCCAAAAUGCUGUCCCGUUUAUUAAAAGAACACCAAGCUAAGCAAAACGAAAGGAAAGAAUUACAAGAGAGGCGGCGAAAAGAGGCCAUAGCAGCUGCUACAUCUUUAACAGAGGCUUUGGUGGAUCAUCUCAAUGUUGGGGUGGCACAAGCUUACGUCAACCAGCGCAAACUGGACCACGAGGUGAAGACUUUGCAGGUGCAGGCUGGUCAGUUUGCAAAGCAGACAGCUCAGUGGAUCAGCAUGGUGGAGAACUUCAACCAGGCUUUAAAGGAAAUUGGAGACGUGGAGAACUGGGCACGAAGCAUCGAGAUGGACAUGAGGACGAUCGCGACAGCUCUGGAGUACGUGCACAAGGGCCCGGUUCAGCCCACGACCUCCUGAACAAAAAGACUUUCACUGCUAGCGAGAUGUCUCGUGUGGACAGAAGCUCCGGGUACCUUGAUCCUCGGAAACUUUUCGGAGACGUUUGUGUUGCAAUUAUUGCAGCUGUUUAUUUCUGAAAUAUCUUUUUUAUUUAAGUUUUCUAUAGCACAAAAAAUAAAAACAACUAUUAUAA